AUGUUGUCCAGGAAUGCCUUGAAGUACGCCGGGGCAUGUCCCAAAAGCGCCCUACACCGCGCUUUUGCGACUGAAGCGCCAGCAGCAGCAGCUUCCUCGGCGUCGACUUCGACACAGGCUGUAAAACCCAAGUCUGCGACCCGACCCUGCAUCUCCACCGCAGUCAUUUUGAACCGCUCUCCUAUCCUUACACGGACGCCGGCACCCUUCGAGACCGCUUUCUACUCGUACCAACAACGUAUACGCCGCGCUCUGUCAAACCCCUUCCCUCAUGAGUUUUACUUCAAGCAGGGGUCCCUGCUCCAGACUAGGUUCAACAUGGAGGAUAGGGAGCGGGAGAAGAUAGCAUUUGGAGAGAGCUUUGUUCCGCCUGAGGAUACGGACCCGGAGAAGUUGGCCGCGGAUAGGGCUGCCGUUGAGCAAUUGGCUCAGCAGGAGGGCGAGGGUGAGGAAUUGGCGCCUAGGGAACACCCUUCGGACAUCAGCAAUGAUGUGAAGAGCUUGGAUAGGAAGGGGCAGAGGAAUUUGUAUCUCUUGUUGCUGGCGGAGGAGAAUGGGAAACAGGUUUGGCGUUUCCCCCAGGGAGGUUUGGAGAAGAAUGAGUUCUUGCACCAGGCUGCCCAAAGAGACCUCUAUGCUGAAGCUGGUGACCGAAUGGACACCUGGAUCGUCAGCAGGAACCCUAUUGGAGUUUACAAGCCCAAGGCUCAAAAACCCACUCCCGAAAACCCACACGACUACGUCUUCUUCUAUAAAGCCCACAUCAUGGCUGGCCAGGCCACCAUCGACGGCCAGAAAAUCAAGGACUUUGCCUGGCUGACAAAAGAGGAGAUCGAACCUCGCGUUGACAAGGAAUACUGGAGUGUCAUCAAGGAUAUCCUCUCCGACUUUUAACUCGUGAUCUCCCGUGAUACCAUUGUCAUUCCUAGAUUGCGUCUGUAUCCGUUAUAAUAUGCUUCUUAAUCUACAGGUAAUU